UGUAUUAAAGAAAAGGAAAUUUACAAUAAUAACCAAAGCGUUCCUCUAAUGUAUCGAGUAUGGGAGCAGGAGCAGGAAAACCAUCUGAAAAAGUUGACCUAGAAUGUGAUCCAUCAGACACAAGGAUAAGUGUACUUGGAAACUCGGCAAAUAAAACAAGUAACGAGUUUACAGUACCUACAAACACGUUGGUAUCUGGGAGCAGAAUUAUAUUCACGAAAAAGACGAAGAUUAAGAUAAAAUUUAAAGGAGGCGGCGUUUUACGUAUCGGGUUAACCAGUAUUAAUCCGUCAGACAACGAAAACAUUCUUGAGGGUUCUGUAUUUGAGAAGGAGGAAGGCUUUAGCUCAGGGAAACAGGAAGCAGUUCGCAUCUUGUACAAAACUGAAUAUUCUUCGUUUCGCUAUGGACCAGAGGGCGAUGAAAUUGAGAAUGACUGUGAAAAUAUCGCGGCAAACCUUUGGUUGUAUGUAAUCCAUGUCUAUGGGACUCCAGAUGUAGAAGCAGAUCUAAUAGAGGAAGAGGACAGAUAUGAAAAGAUAUUACUGUGUUCUGCCAGAAGUGGCCAUGGAAGUAGUGCAUCAAUAGCAUCAAAUACAGCAAGAUGCAGAUUCAGUAAACCUGUUGUACCUGGUGAUGUCUACCAUUGCCACUGGGAUAUGAAACUGUUAAACGAAAAUAUAGCAGAGAAGCCACCAUCUCAUGGUUUUAUGAGCCUGAAACUUGUAUCGAGAAAUAUAAAUAAAGGUUCACCUGAUGAGGAAGAUGUAAUAUGGGAGCGGAGCAGCGCCGUCCAAGAAUAUCCGUUCAGUUCAGUGAUCGCCUUCCGGUUAAGUUUGCACGAGCGACAAGUAUCACAUAAUUUGUUUGUUAGUUCUGUUGGAAACACGACAAAAGAUGUCUUCUCGGUUGAAGGAAAACUUGAUCCAGACAUAUUGUAUUUUGAAAUUGAAUUUAGCAGCGGUGAAAUUCAGGUUACACAUGGGAGAAGAUUGAUAAUAGCGCAAGAACUAGGAAGCACUAUUCUAAUAAGUGGUUAUCAAUUUGACGACGAAGAGGCAACCAUAGAUGAAGCGAUUACUGAAAUCAGAUCAAAAAUAGAUUUCAAACCUAGGCGGCUUCAGUAUGGAAACAGUCCAUCAAGUUUCGUCCUGGAAUUCAAUGAAAAAAUAACAGAUCAAAGUCUAAAAGAUAUUCAAAUUAAUUUGAGGUGUAAAGUUCAGAGAAUAUAUGAAACAAAAAGUGUCCAAGUCCUUUUAAAUGGCGCCGACAAUAAAAACGAUGUGAAAUAUUUCUUAGAAGCUCAUUUUACCAGGCCAAAAGCUGGUGGUGGAUCUAUUAAAAGUAUAGAGUUUGAAAAAAACAUUCCGGGUUGUUGGGUGAUCAAUUUCGAAAAGAGUGAAAUUGCACGGAACUUUUGGAUGAAGAACAAAUACAGAAUAAACAUUGAUGAACAAUACGUCAAAGCUCUUGUCCAACCAAUGUACAAAGAACUUGGGUUAUCGGUAAAUGGUGGUAAAAAACCAACUCAAGACCUGACGCCUUUGGUUGUUGAUGUAGACAAAAACAAACUCAGGUUUAUCAAGUCAAGAAAUGCAGAAAAGAAGUCAUUUGUUGGUACUUUAAAUAAAAAUAUCAAAGUUGACGUGUGUUGGGAAGAACAAGAACACACUGACGAAUUCGAGGGAGAAGAUCAACAAAAUCCAGUCGCUAAGGAGACUUCAAUAACUUUUAAGUAUAGUGGAUCCAAGUCGGAUUGGAAAGAGACAGCAAAUUGGAAAGAUAUAACAAAGAGAGUGGUGUCAAAUUAUUUUAAGACGGCUAUAUAUGAAUUAACAUUUAAUUGUGAUGACGACAUAACCGAUCAAUUAAAUGAUCUCAGGGGACAAUAUGAAUUUGAAUAUGAGGAAGAUCUAGAUAACAAUGACAUUACUCUAUACGGGUCAAAUGAAAGUACACUAAAAGAAGUUGCUAAAAAGUCUGUAACGAAAGUGCUAUUUCCAGAGCUUGUCGACAAACCUUUAGAAAUCACGGUACCAAAAUACUUAGCGUUAGACGCGGAAGGUAUACUGAACAACGUGAAAACUGAUUGUCGUUUUACAUCUUUCAAAGUAAAUACAGAAACAGGAAAAAUCACUCUAACGGGUCCAAAAGAUGAAGUGCAAAAUGCUCGGCUUUGUAUACUACAGUUUGCUUUACAACUUAAAUCUGUUGAACUGCUUAUAGAAGAAGAACAUGUUAUGUUUUUGCAAAAAGGAGGUCUAGAACAACUGAAGGAACAAUUCCGUAAAGAAAACUUGAACCAUAACCUCACUUUAUCUGAAAAGAGAAACGCAAUUAUUGUUUUGACUUACAUAGAAAAUGAAGACAUUGAAAAGAAGAAAAACAAGAUGUUAGAUGUCAUUGGAAACUUUAUAAAAACAAUUGAAAUUUGUGUUGACAAAGAAGAGCCCUUGAAUAAUUUUGCAACAGCACAAUGGAAACAGUAUAAGGGAGAGAUUAUUGAGAAAGCAAAUGGUCUCGUUGUUAUUUUUGAACCAGCACACAACAGUACUAUAAAGAUUAUUGGUACAGACGAAACAGUCAAAGUUGCAAAAGUAGACGUAGAUAAUUAUUUGAAAGGCCACAAACUUGGAACAGUAAUGAUGCGCGUGCCAGUAGAAAUUGCAAUGUAUCUAGACGAGUUUAAGGGUGACAAUAUUCGGGAUGAUAUCGAAUGUGGAAAAGACAGCAAUGGUUUGUACACUGGGAAACUUUCUCUUAAAUGUUCAUCCGACGAUAUAAGCCGUUUGCAUAAAUCUAUAGAAAAAAACAUCCAAGAAAUAAAGCAACAUUGGUUCGUAAUGAAAGAGAAAUGGAUAGCAAGUGUUAUCCAGGACCUUGUAGACCUUAAGACCUUAUCACAUAAUGAACGAUUUUUAUUGGAUGCAUAUAUUGGACACAGUCUUGCAGCAUAUGGAAUUACGGGAAUUUCUGUGUUUUCUAAAAUCGGAACAAUCAUCCAAGUCAAGCGAGGUGACAUCACCUUUGAGACAACAGCAGCGAUAGUUCAUAGUACAAAUGGGCAUGUUAAAGCAUUUGAGAAAGGAAUAGGCAAAUGCCUGCAAAAUAUUGGUGGGACUGAAAUCAGAGAUGAACUUUUACGAGCUAUUGAAGAAAGAAGAUCAAAAAUUGGCGAUAUUUUGAUUGGGCACAUCAAUGCCGAUACGCAUGAAGAAAAGGUCAUUCAAGGUCAAGACAAUGAAGUACAAGAAAGAAAUAAUAAACCUUCCAAUAGCGGCUUUAAAAAUGGUGAUCUUGUAUUGACGGAGUCUGGUCAACUUCGCUGUUUAAAAGUCAUUCAUGUUUUUCCUCCAAGAUGGAUAGAUGGUAAACAAUCAGAAGAAAAGGAGAUGAAGACAUUAGUUCGAAAGAUAUUACAGACAUGUCAGGACAAUAAACUUGCAUCAGUGUCUCUAUCGGCGAUUGGAUGUGGCGCUGGAAAGUAUCCUCACGAUAAAGCAACGUCAUAUAUUGUAGAAGCUGUUGCGGAUUAUGUUGAAAAUAAUAAAGAAACGGUAAUCAAGGAAAUAGUGCUUUGCGAUAGUUCAGAAACUGCAGUGAAGAAGUUUACAGAAGCUCUUGGAAAACUCAAAAGCUCUCACUGGGUUUUCUUUGAACAUGGGAAGCCUUUACAAGUGGAUGAUUUCCUGACGUCAUCAAUCAGGAAAGCCGAAAAUAAGUUAGUGAUCCGACCAAGCUCAGGUCGUGCACAACUAGAGCGUCCAAGAACUGGCUUAAAAUGGAGAAGAGAGAAUGCUUAUGGUUUCAAGCGUGUAAAACAACAUGACAUAAAUAGAUCUACAUCUAAUGAAGAAAUGAAUGAUUUAUUUAAAGAUGGACUUCCAUACAAAAUCCCUAUAUCAGACAACAUGAAUCUACAUGUUGUGAGAGCUGAUUUGACCAAACAAAAGGUAGACGCCAUUGUAAACACAACGUCAGAGUUCCCCAAUUUAACGGGUGAAAUAUCGAAAGCGAUAUUAAAUGCUGGCGGAAAUACAAUUAGGCAAGAAUGCCAAAACUUGGAUACGAUUUCAGAGGGUGAAGUCAAAUCUACUGGAGCCGGUCUGUUGAAAUGCAAAAAACUCAUCCAUGCUAAGAUUCCGAUGAGGUGGGAUUCACAAAACGGAGAAAAGUUUGUAAGUGAUCUGAUAUCAAGAUGUCUUGCUGAAGCAAUUAGUCAUGGCUAUUCUUCAAUUGCCUUUCCUACAAUAGGAACGGGACAUUCAGGAUUUCCUGCUGACAAAGUGGCAAAUGCUAUGGUGAAGUCAAUAUGUGAAAUUGAAAAUGACAAAUGCCCGCUUAAAGAUAUUUUCAUUGUCGUUUAUUCGUUGGACGAUGGCAUAUGUAAGAUAUUUGAAGAUGUUGUUCCGCACUGUUUCAACAGCGUCGCAAGUCACGGUACGGGGAUGACCAUAAGCAAGAAAGGUUCAAAGAUGACGCCGAAACAUAAAACUGUCAGAUAUGUUUCACCACCGUCGUUUGACAAACAUUCGGAGAUAGAUGACGUCGUCGUUUUUAAAAUAGUAUCAAAAACAAGCGGAGAAAAGAUUCAAAAGAAAAUUCAGGACAUAGUUAAACACCAACUGAAAGAAGAGACGUUGAAUUUCCAGGAACUAUCAAACGAAAAGACGCUUACAGAAGUUGAGGAGCGUACAUUGAAAACCUUGGAAAUGAGUUAUGGCGUCAACAUUGAGAUUGAUAAAAAAUCAAAACUAGUAAAGAUUUCGGGACUCUCGGAUCGUGUGAGUGAAUGCCAUUUUAAAGCAGUUGAAUUGCUAAGGGACACAUUUCCAAAGAUGCGCUUGAAGUCAAGGAAUAUUAAAACAAUCGCUGAGACAGUGCAGUGGUAUUACGGAGAUGCUGAUGGAAAUUCUCUCCCUGUUGAUGUCAUGGAUAAUUAUGAGAUACACAUGCAAUAUCUGCAUGGCAACGAUUUCACUUAUGAGAACCAAUCAGAGAAUAAAACGUACAAAGUGCUUAUCAAUGACUUAAUGGAACACCCAAUAGAUGACCCGAGAAAGAAAAGGCGUCUUUAUCUUAGAACAAAAGUGGAUGAAAAUAUUCCCCUGCCUGACAAUUGGACGAUUGCACUCGACGAAAAUAAAAAAAUGGAUCAAAUUAAACUAAAAGAGAGUGAUGCUGAAUUCAAUGACGUAAAAGACAAAUUUAUCAGGGGAGGAUGUAAACCGAAAAAGAUCGAAAGUAUAUCCAGGUUAGAGAAUAAAUUUUUGUGGCAACAAUACCAAACUAAAAAGAAACAAAUUGAGUCUCAAAAUCCUAAAAUACAAAAUGAAAGACAGCUCUGGCACGGAACAGACGUUGAUACUGUUCCAAAAAUUGUCAAACAUGGAUACAACCGUAGCUUCACUACAGUUUGUGCGUAUGGACUGGGAGCAUACUUUGCUGUUCAAUCAGCAUAUUCAGACAGCGACAGAUAUGCUAAACCGGAUGUGAAUGGUGUCAAACGUAUGUUUUUAAACAGAGUCCUGGUUGGUGUUUCAUGUCUAGGAAAUUCAUCGAUGGCAGUACUCCCUCAGAGACCAGGAGUUACCUUCAAUAACUUUCCUGUAUGUUACGAUAGUGCGGCUGACAGUAAUGGCAAAACACCAGGCAUAUAUGUGAUCUUUCAUGAUACCCAAGCAUACCCUGAGUACUUGAUUGAAUAUUCUUGAUCUCUUAUUUUUUUACAGAAAAAAUAGAUGUUUCUUUUUUUAUUUUGCCAUCCGUCCCUGUUUUCACAUUACACUUUAUAUGAAACAUCAUGUUUAUCUUAUCAUGAGUUUUAAGACGUAUACCUCUACGCAAUCAUAGCACUAUUUCACUUUUUUCGUGCAUUAGCACCUACAAAAAAUAAGAUCUUUACUGCGUCCUCGUGCUUCACGUAUGUUUAAAUGAAUUGGAACAUAUUUUCAAACAUAUAUAUUGUGCUACUUACAGAUAGGUUUGACGUUUUCAUUUUAGUUUUAAAUCUAAAAAGAAGAUUGUAACACAUUAUUAAUAACAUUUUAUACAGAUGUUUUUCAAAGUUCAUGAUUAGCCUUUAAAAAUAUGGACAUUUUUAUGUCCUAGAAGCGAAAACUACUUGACCAAAUCUGUCUUUAUUAUAUUCUUUUAGAAUCGAAAUCAUGGUACACUAAAUGGUUGUGUACGCAAUAUAAUUUACAUUUUUGUUGCAAUUUAUCUUAGCUUCCAUUAAUUAUUUCAAAGCCGCUCUUUUUCCUAAGUAUUUCACAGGAAGGAAGACUAUGCAGAAUCAAAAACUUACUGUAUUAUUUACAACUUUAUCCUGAACCAUUUUUUCCUGCAUGUACAAUAAUUUUCUAAAAAAUCAUUAUUGAAAGAUAAACUAACAAUAAACAGUCACUGUAUACUGUCGCUUAGGUUUCAUUUUGUAAGUUGCCCCUAGCCUAUUGGGUCAUAUCAUUUAUGAAAUACGGUUUUAGCUGGAAGAUUAAGCAAUUAAUAACCGACCCAAAGGUUUUUGUCUGUCAUGUAUACAAUAACAGCCUCAGAACAGUUCUCUAAUCAAUUGAUCUGUUUAAUGCUUUCUGUUCAUAUUAUUUUCUUUAUCCGUAUUUUAUCAAUCAGUUUGUCUCCAUUUUGUUAUUGCAGAUAUGGGCACUAGACUUGCUUAACAUGUCAAAUAUUUAUGCAGUGUACAUAAUGUCAAAACUGUGUUUACGAAAAUCUCUGUCUAAAAAACCCUGCAAAUAAAGGCCAAUUUCGAUUACUCUUUUUUGAUGAAAUGGAAUAAAGUAUUUUCACAAAUUUUACUUAUAUUCCUUUAUGAACACUAAUAAUGGCUUUGUAAAUGAUAACAUUUUGAUGUUUUAACAUUUGUUUCUAUAAGUUCAAUUUCGAUUCUUAUCAAUAUGUUAAACUACUUAUUUCUAUGUUAUUUAUUUGAGUAAAUAUUUCUCUCACUGUCGUGCA